AUGGCAGAUCCGAUAAGCACUGCUUCUGGAGUACUGGCGUUGGCCGUGUUCGCUUUGAAAUCCAGCCAAGUUCUCUACCAGACUGUCGCAAGUUUCCAGAGCAACCAGAGGAUUGUGCGGGAGCUCAGAGAAGAACUCGAAGCCUUGGAUGCGGUCUUACAAGCCCUUCGGGACACGGCUACCAACACCGACCCAGGUCUCACAAUGCUAAGCCUCCCUCUCUUCCGAUGUGGCAAUGCGUGCAAAGACUUCGAAGCCGUGAUAGUCAAAUGCACAGCGCAUUCCAAUGGAUCCAGGACAAGUUUUAGGGAUUGGGCGAAGCUAAGGUACAUGGGCGAUGACAUUAGUGGGUUCAAAAACAUGCUGGCGGGGUAUAAAUCUACGGUCAUCAUUGCGCUAGGCGAUGCGAACAUACGGCUGUCUGUUGUCACCGCACAGUUCCUCGAGGAAUAUAAGGCCAUAAUCACGAAUACGACCUCUGAUCUUGAAGAGCACCUCCAAGAAAUCGACAACAAACUCCAAUCCCUCUCUUUACAAAGCACGACAAUUUCCGAUGAACAGGCGGCUGAGCGAGGGGCCAUUCAAGAGGAGAAGGACAGCACUCAACAAUGCCUCGGUAUCUGCGCCCAGGUCUCAGCGCAUAUAGACCAAGCUCAGCCUAACUCCUUCGAGAAAAUCUCAACGGCUACGGGUUCUCAGAACGUUGAUGCUUCGUCGAAAAAUCCUUCUUGGGCUCGAGUCGUUACUGCUGAUACCUUCAAAGAAUGCAAGGAGAAGAUAUCCAACGCUACCACUCAGCUCGAAGUCCAUCUCCAAGACAUCGACAAUAGAUUACGAAACCUCCACUCAACUUCUCCUGAAACCCCGAAUGAACAGGCGGCUGAGAAGGAGCAGAUAAAAGCGGAGCUGGAUAGCAUUAAACAGUGUCUUGCCAUCUGUGCCGACGCCUCUACUCAAGCAAACAAAGAGCGGACCAACCUCUUUGAAGAUGUCACUAUGUCCGACGAUAGCCGUCAGGUGAUCGUCUCAACAAUUGGAGACCUGAUUACCGCUAGGCGCAUCACUGCUGGAGACAGAUCCUUACAGUGCCUAGGACAGAUGUCUGAUGAUUCUGUCCAGCAAAUCUCGCAGAGUCACCUCCAUAUCGCUACGGGCAAACCUCAGGGCCUUCAGGCAGCAUCAGAUGCGCCAUUUGAAAAUCGGUACGGAACUGGGGUUAAGCUUGCGUAA